GCCGCGCUCGCCCCAGCUGGUCCCGUGCCUCCUGUGCCGCUGACUCACGCCGUCUGCUCAGCGUCUCCUCCUACUCCUCCUGCAGCUCGCCCCCACCCACGCACCCUUCCGCCGCGGUCCCGGGGAAUUUCUUUGUGGCGUCUGCAGCUGUGCACGGUCGCGUAUAUAAGGCCACAGGGCGAUCUUUUUGCCAGCCAAGGCCGCGGCCCGUGCAGUGAACGCUGGGACGUCGCCAUGUGGAGGAGCGCACCCUUGACCGCGCCGGCGCUGCUGCUGCUGCUGGCCGUCGGAUGGCCGCAGUCGCUGGCCGCCCCGGUCGCUGCCGACGACCGCGACGCAGUGCCGCCCGCGUUCGCGCUAGAUUUCAUGAAGCAAUAUGGUUAUCUGGAUCCAAGCUCACAAGUAUCUGAGUCUCUGUACAAAAAUGAAGACAUGGUUGAAGUCAUCAAACAGGUGCAGAGAUUUGGGGCUAUUAACCAAACAGGCAUUCUUGACAAUGCAACACUUCAGUUAAUGAAAUCCCCAAGAUGUGGAGUUCCUGACAUCAAGCAUACCAACAGGACAAGGAGCAAGAGAUAUAUUGUGGGAUCUGAUGGCUGGAAGAAAAGACAUAUUACCUACUUUAUAGCCAACUGGUCUCCUAAGAUUGGUGAAGAAGCAGUUGUUGAACAAGUUCAGCGAGCAUUUAGCACAUGGGCAGGAUAUGCAAGACUAAACUUCUCACUCAUAGCAGAUCCUGCGGCUGAUAUUAUCAUUGCUUUUGGUCGAGGACCUCAUGGUGAUCCAUUUCCUUUUGAUGGGCCAGGCAGUAUACUGGCUCAUGCCUAUUAUCCAUAUGAAAUGGAUCAGUAUGGUGGAGAUGUCCAUUUCGAUGAAGAUGAAAACUGGAAAGUAAAGUUAGAUGGACCUUAUGACGAUGGGGUGGAUUUCUUCACAGUUGCUGUACAUGAGCUUGGUCAUAGCCUGGGAUUGGCUCACUCCGAUGUGCCCUCCUCGAUUAUGUUUCCAUACUACAAAGGCUUUCAGGAAUCAUUUCAGCUUGGUUAUGAUGAUAUUCUUGCUAUGUAUGACCUAUACAUUUCUCGUAGUCUGGAAGAUGACAAUGAAAUUAAUCCUGGGGUUGUACCUAGUGGUACUGAUGACAGUGACAGUGAAACUCAGGACAGAGAUGAGGAUAGCAACCACGUCCCAGAUGUGCCAAGCACAGAUGAAAAUAGUUCUGAAGGAGGUGAUGAAACUCAUCAUCCUGUAACUCCCACAGCAGGUAAACCACAGCCAAGGCAGCCAGAUUAUCCCACCAGUACUGGUGUGACAUUUGAAGAUGAUUAUGAGACUGUUGAUGAGCAUCGUGAGCAUGAACGACAUCAGACAACUGAGGCUCCACUUGACAAAUCUGAUCCUUGCCUUGGUAACUAUGAUGCAGUAUCAGUACUUAGAGGUGAACUCUUCUUCUUUAAGGGAGAGAUGAUGUGGAGAAUGUCAGGUCGAGGUUUAAUUCAGCCAGGAUAUCCUGUGAAUUUUCGGCAUAUGUUCUGGAGAUUCCCAAACACUGUUACAAAAAUAGAUGCUGUGUAUCAGAGGGAUACAGACAGCAGCAUAGUUUUUUUCACAGGAAAUAAAUUUUGGGUGUUCAAUGGUGAAACAUUCAUUGAAGGAAGCCCUCAGCCCAUUACAACACUUGGCUUACCCGCAUCUCUUACACAUUUAGAUGCAGCCAUGGUAUGGGGUAAAAAUGGAAAAACAUUCUUUUAUAGUGGCGAUCAGUACUGGAGGUUCAAUGAAACUACCAAACUGAUGGAUCCAGGCUAUCCUAAGAACAUCAGCAGAUGGAGGGGAGUUCCCCAGAACUUAGAUGCUGCUAUGACAUGGACAGAUGGUCUUACUUACUUCUUCAAGGACAAACUAUUCUGGAGAUUCAACAACAUGCUAAUUAAGACUGAUGACCAGUACCCACUGCCUGCUCCAGCAACGUGGUUCGGUUGUCCACCAUAACCAUUAUUUAAAUAUGAUUUAAAUGCAGCUUAAUAUAUUUUGUUGUAUGUAGGAACUAGAACCACUAGUUUCCUCACACUGUUUAUAAGGAUAUGUGUAGUCAGAUUACAUUUUGAAAUAUUACACAUAUUUCUUACACGCAGCUAUAAUGUUUGACAGAAGAAAAAUUUGCCAGUAGCUUCUUGUUGUAAUAGUAAGACUCAUAUAAUUCUCAUUGUUAAGAUACAUAUCAUACAAAAGACUGAACUUCUAGAUGUAUAAUUGAUGAUACUGUCAGUAAAGAAUUAAGGACUGUAUUUGCUUACAGGCAGUUUUGUGUAUAGCAUUUUGGCAUUAUAUGAAUGUAAAUGAUGAAGUAGAUGCUUAGCCAUUUUCAGUGUUGUUAUUCCAAACACUUCAUGAGAAUUCUGAAGUGUGUGUCAAAAAUUUGAAGGCAUCAUUCAUGAAGAAUGUGCUAAUUCAAAAGAUAUAUUUCAGCGUCCUGGUCCUUAUCUCUCUUUAUGGAUAACUGCAAGAAACAAACACAAGUAAAGUUGGAACAUUAGAGGUGAGACAGUGCUGGAGAUUAUUUCUGAAGUUCAUAUUCAAUAGAAAAAAUUCACAAGCUCAUUUUAUUGUAGGGCAGUUUAUAAAAAAAAGAUUGUAAUUCUAAAGUGUAAAAUUAAAAACACCUUCAACCCUCUAUACUAUGAAUAUAAUUUGUUUAUGCAACCAGUUUUGGUGUUUCAUGACACCAUCUCUAGGCCCCCUGACCAAUGUGUAGGAGGAAUCCAACCUCAUAUGCAGCUGAAAUGGGGGCCAAUAUUAAGUACCUGAUAUCCAUGGAUUUCUAGUUUCAACAACAUGAUACCUUCAUUUAUCAGUUAAGUCUUCAAGUUGUUUUUAAUUUUACAUUUUAUAUUGAACUGUCAAAAUCUCUCAGCUAUGUUGUACAAAGAUGCACUUACCUAUUCCCAUUUCAUAUACAAGAAAUAUAACAUAGCAUCUAACGAACUAGUCUUGUGGAUGAAUAGUGAUGUAUUGUCGUCAAAUACUAAAUUGUUUGUAUUUGUUACAGCAUGUAAACAGACCAGUGUAAUUCCUAAGGCAACUUUGUUUUGACAAAAAACAUUUCUGACAACAGACAUGAAACUCAUUCAGUGUUAUAGAAAAUUAGAAUCCAUUUCCACAAAAUGUUACAGGAGCUGGAUGUGGCUGUUGUUUAAUUGUUGUUAAAUGUAAUGUGAAACGACAUUCUUUUCAUUGUGCCUCUGGAAAAUACAAACUAAAAUCAAACAAAUAUAUAGGUGUAGUCAGUAUUCCUACAUGGUAAGGAUUACAUUCUAAUAUCUGUGUUUAGUUGUAAGACAAAAGUCUUAGGAGGAAGUAGUGUAAAUGUAAGUGUAGUAUAGCAAACAUGUCAGCUGUAUUGCAGCUAGUUACUGUCCACUGUGUGUGAUUGAACUGCAGUAUUCUGAAACAUUAACUGUAUUUGUACUUAGGCAACUACUUUACAGUCAUUGUAUGAUUCACUUUGUGGUUUAGGUAAUGCUGUGUAUCUUAGAUCCAUUGUUUUUUGAUAUCUGAUGUAACACUACAGCUAAGUUUGCAAGAUAUUUGUAAGAAAUCAAUGUUCUUUUUAAAUUAUAAAUUUACUUAUGAUCUGACUGAAAAGCAUUGAGAAGAAUAAAUACACAAUAGUUUAUCAACAGCAAUAGAUGAACUAGUGGAAGCAAAGAAUGACCACACAGUCUUGGACAGCAUUAAAGCAUAUUGAUAAACCACUGUGUAUUUGUUCUAGACAUAGUUGUAAAUUAAGUACUGAUGUUAUGUUAUUAUUAUUAUAUUAUUAUGUGGAUUAAGGGAUGUGGUGAUAUUUUCAAAUUUAUAUCAAUGGGUGACUGUAGCAAAUGAAGAUAAUUUUAAUAAAUAAAACUACACAUUGAUCUUGCCAAAAGCUGAGAAGUGACUUAUUCUUCUGUAGCUUCUUCGGGUCUUAAACACAGUAUCCUGGCCUCCUCUGGGUGCUCAAUACAUUAUGAUGAACAUUGAUGGCCUUUACAUUAAUGACCAAUCUUUGUCACACACUCCAUAAAUGAUUUAUCUUUGAGGAUGGGAUAAGUGUGCUGAUAGCAUAAGCAAUGUGCAGUCUACCCCUGCUUGUUACUGAGCCUCUGUCUGAUGUAACCAACUGCACUGACAAUCAUGGCACUACAUGUGUAUUUAGUUGCUACCAUUAACAUCACCUAUCAGUAACUGUUUUGUGUUCCUGCUGUCUGUCAUGGUGUGAAAUUUGAUAUUUCUUUGACACAUACUGAUGUUCAUGGGGAUCAAUAUUGGGUUGCUACAGUUGUUGUUCAUGUAGAUAAAGACAAUACCAAAAGUGUUACCACAAUGUUGAACUAUCCAUCUUGAGAUGUCAUCACCUACAAGAUUUUAAUGCUAUCCGAGACUGUAUGAUCAUUUCCUGUCUCUGCUAGUUCAUCUGCAGUUGUUGAUAAACCAUUGUGUAUUUGUUAGAUGUAGAUGUAGAUUAAGACCUGAUGAAAUGUUAUAGAUUAAAGAACAUGAUUAUAUUGCCAGAUUUACAGUAAUAAAGGGUUGUACAAAUAUUAAGAAUAAAAAUAUGAAUAAUGAGCCAUCGUUCUUUCUUAUCAGUAUUUUAAAUUUUGCCACUCUUCUACUUAUUUCAACCAUAUUCCGUGUUAUACAUUGGCUGAAUGUUAAAAACAAAAUGAAUAUAAACAUAAACACCUAAACCAUCAUAAUCUGACUGACAAGGAUAGAGUGGAACAAAUGUGACUUAUGUGACUGUGAAGCUGCAUUGUCAGACAGGUAGCUUUGUUGCAGUAUCUGCAACAUUGCAUUGAGUAGAUAUCGUUAUGUCGAACAGUAUAGAUAGGAAGUAAGAUGAGUAUCUCAGGCAAAUAAGGAAAGUGUCCGUGGAUAUACUUUACUGGGGAAACAAUAAACUAAUUUAACAACAGUAGAGGAGAGUAGUCUGGUUGUAGAAUGUGCAACUAGCUUCCUGGCAUCUUACAAGAGUCUUUACUUAUAGCCCCAUUUAGACUCUCUUAAUAAUGACGUGGUUUUAAUGCAGGCCAUCAUUCUUUCUCAAGAACUGGCCAUGAGUUUGUUUGACUUCUUGAUAACAACUGAUCUCUCUUUUCAGCUGGAGGGUGGUCUAUUUAAAAAAACCUGAAACAGUAUUGAUACUGUUGUGAUCAUCUUAGCUACAUUACGUAUCUCUGAGCAGCUUGUUACUUUACUGUGCAAAAGUAGCCUAAAAUGGCUGUUUCUGUCUGACAACAUGUAAUGUGAAUCAUUUCAAAUCCCUGAAGGCUUUUCUUUGUGGUUGAACCCACAGAAUAAAAUGUGUGAAAACAAUGAAUGAACAAAUAAUUGCAAUAGAAACAGUCAUUUGAAACUAGAUCACUUACUAAAACUGAAAGAUAUUUGUCAUUCUCCUUCGCUUCUGAGACUUUGCAUACACAAUCCCCCCCAUAGGAAAAUAGCAGAAUGACUAGCUAGAUAUAUGAGGGUUGCCCAGAAAAUAAUGCACCACAUUUUUUUCUCAGCUAAAAACAAUGCUAUGAAUGCAAAAUGUUACGUAUAUAUUAUUUGAAGUCUCCUGAACGAGCAUGCCAAGUUUCCGUCAUUUCUGACAGAUAGCGAACCUGCAGGACAGUUUCAAAAUGUCAUCUGUAGGUGAUGUGUGUUACAAGCAAAGUGCCAUCACUGGUUUUCUCACUGCAGAGAAAGAAACUGUGGGAAUAUUCAUAAAUGCUUGUGUAAAGUCUAUGGAGCAUCUGCUGUUGACAGAAGUACGCACACUGAGGCUGAAGUCAUCAGAAGGCGGUUCAGCAGAGCUCCAUGAUUUGCAGGGUUCAGGGAGACCAUCCAUGGCUGUCACACCUGACAUAUUGCAGUGAGCUGAUGUCGUCGGCAGUUGGUGCUGCAUCUGUCAAUCAGCAAAGGAAGUGAAGCACUGGCUCCACCAUCA